AUGGGAACCACAAGCUCCAAGCUUCCGGGCAGAGGGUCGGGAGAAGCCCCGGUGCAGCCGCAACACGCCACCGCCAACUCUACGCCUACUGCCUGUCCGCUCGGGUUCGACAAAAAGACGAGCACAAAGGCCGAGGGGAGAGACUCGGGUCCUUCUGCCAACCGCAGCAGUAGCACCGCCGAGGCACAAGCGGCAGCGUCGUCAUCGUCUUGCCCCGUCAAGACGUUGCUUCCUGGCAGCGGGGCCGGCUCCGCAGCACCAGCACCUUCCGCCGACGCUCCCACUUCCAGCUGCCCGGUCAAGGAAGAGAACCGAUCGAAGGUAGCCAAGUACCUGCACCCACACAAGUACAACGUGUACAGUCAGAGGAUAGACACCAGGGAUGGUCUGGACCCCACCAACAACAUGCCGGCCAACCCCAACCAGCAGCCGGCUCCCGGGCAGGAGAAGCCCCUGUCCACGGCGAGGGUGCCGAGCACAAUCCCGAAGGGCGGGGAGGAGACCACCUGGACCUACCCUUCACCGCAGAUGUUCUGGAACGCUCUGUCGCGCAAGGGGAAGGCCGAUAACACCGAGGAGGGAGACAUGGAUAUCGUCGUUUCGAUCCACAACAACAUGAACGAGCUCACCUGGACUAAGAUAUUGGAGUGGGAGAAGUUGAGAAGUCGUGGAGGGAGCGGCGUCGACGGCGCGGAGCCCCGCUUGCUGCGGUUCUUGGGCCGCCCUAACGACACGGCCCCGAAGGCGCUGGCGAAGAUGAUGCUCGGACACCCGCUGCCGUUCGACCGUCACGAUUGGGUGGUGGACAGGGGAGGGGACGAGCGGCGGUACGUGAUCGACUACUAUUACGACGACGGUGCUGUCGAUGAAGAGGGGAUGCCAGGGCUUCACGCGGAAGGGGCGGUGAAAUCGAUCAAGGUUGACGUUCGCCCCGCUUUGGACAGCUUCCGAGACUUGGCAGACCGAUUCGUGCAGAUGCCUUUCGCGCGCUUGACGGGAAGGAGCGAGUUCGUCCCGCUCAGCUUGCGCCCCUCUCCGACAAUGAAAGCAAGGGAGCCGUGGGCAAAGCUUCGAAUGGACCAAGGCCUCCCCUCGCCCCCUCCCGCUGCUGCCGGUGCGGGCUCAGCAACAGCAGGAAGCGCGAGCUCUGCGACGGGAGCGCCGCCGUCGACCAGAGAACGAGACGCCCGCGCUCUGAAGCGCGUGCAGAAGAAGUGCGCGAAGCCGCUGGGCGCCUUGCGUGCGGCGGAAGGCGCCGGAGACGCGGCGCUGGCGGAGGCGGCGGCGCUAAAGCUGGAGUACUGCACGGCCCGGUACCUGUGCAAGAAGGAGGCGUUGGCGUAUAAGGAGGCGUUGGCGUACGCCGGGUCCUCGGGGAGCAUCGUGGGGAGCGACACGGCGCACGCGUACUGGGCGGAGAUGGCGCUGGAGCGAAGGCUGGAGGACAUGCGAGGCGCUCUGACCGCGUUCACCGAGAGGCAGAUGGAGGCGCGGCGAAGAGAGGAGGAGGAAGGCGGAGAAGGCGAAGCUUGA